AGAUGAUGGAUGGACCUAUUGAUAUUUGUAAUUUAUAUUGUUUUAUCACUUAACGCAGUUACAGCUUAAUAAUAUACGAAUUACGAUUGUAUAUUAUCUUAUUAUUAUAUUUAUUAAUUAUUAUCUACCACAAUGUAAUACUAAAUAUACAAAAAAAAAGGUUCUGAUUUUUAAACUUAGGUUUACUAUUUACAACACUGUUAACAUCUUAGUAUCGGGCUUAUUCCUUAGCAGCCAUAAAUUGUAUCGUAAUAAUUAUUGUAAAAUUUGUGUAGAUAUACGGUUAUAGCAUCUAAAACAAUAAACCUUAGUGUGUGGUAGACAAACAAAAUACUUUUAUCAUGAAUCCUAAUUCAACAUUGAACCAGUAUAUACAAUUUGUGGAGCGCAUGUAUCGCACUUGCCAAGGUGAACACCUAGCGCGUGUGCUAUCCCUCAGAGAUGAUCAUGUCAAUAACGUAAACCUUCGCUCCAGUGAUAUAGCCAUGCUAGUAGGAGGAAACUGUAUUUCUCCACUGGAUGAUAUUAUUAUAUACCAUUUAUUAUGUGUUCAGGCUUUGCUAGCUGGAGAUUAUAUGGAGGCCUAUAGUCAUCAAAGUCAGUGUGUUGCUGCUGUUGUGAGGGUGUUACAUGCACAGAAAGAUGAGAAUUGGAGCCUCUCACUCAUGUAUACUGUCUGCUUAGACUUAAGACUUGUAGCUCAGAAGGCCGAACUUAACGAACCACAAAGCAAUGGAAGGAUUUUGGAGAAAGCAGCUGAAAGUCUACUGGCUUGCUUUAGAGUAUGUGCAGCCGAUAACAGAACUGCAGAUGAAAACACUAAAAGACUUGGAAUGCUCAAUCUAGUUAACCAAUUGUUGAAGGUUUACUUUAGAAUAAACAAAAUACAUUUAUGCAAGCCUCUCAUCAGAGCAAUAGACUCAUCACCAUUCAGGGAUAUGUUCCCCUUGGCUCAACAAAUUACAUACAAAUAUUUUGUGGGAAGAAAAGCCAUGUUUGAUUCUGACUACAAAACAGCUGAUGCAUACCUCUCAUAUGCAUUUCAAAACUGUCACUGUGAUAGUGUGAAGAAUAAAAGAUUGAUUCUCAUAUAUUUAAUACCUGUGAAAAUGUUGUUAGGUUUUAUGCCCACUAAAGAUUUGCUAGAGAAGUAUAAUCUGUUACAGUUUUGGGAUUUGGUAUCUGUGGUUAAAAAUGGUGACUUGAGAGGCAUAGACAAAGUAAUGGAGACACAUGAAGAGUUUUUCAUAAAAGUUGGGAUUUAUUUGAUUGUAGAAAAGUUUAAAAUAACAGCUUAUAGAAAUUUGUUUCGAAGAGUUUAUUUAGCUCAGAAAAACCACCAAAUAGACAUAGCAUGUUUUGAAGCAGCAUUGCAGGUAAUGGGACAAGAUGUGGAUUCUGAAGAAACCCAAUGUAUUGUGGCCAACUUAAUCUAUGAUGGUAAAAUAAAGGGUUACAUAUCAUAUCAGCAUAAAAAAGUUGUUGUGAGUAAACAAAACGCUUUUCCACCUCUGUCUAGUCUGUAUUAAUGAAAUUCUUAUGUAUUGCACUGUUUAAAAAAAAUACACAAUUUAAAAGGGUUUUUGUUAAUAAGUUUUCAAAUAUUGCCAAUGUUGUCCUACUGAACAGAACCUAUUUUAUUUACCUGGGCAAGCAACUCUAAAAUUCAUUCAUAGUAAGCUAAUUGUAAGCUAUGUAGACCCACUUGUUUUGAUCUAUCCCGGAAUACAAUAUGAAAACCAACUAAAAAGUGCAUUGAAAUUCUCCGACUCAAAUACCAUGUCAAUUUCAACUUUCAUUAAUUUAUAUAAAUAUGGCUACCAAUAUUUAUUUCAUUUACUAAAUAUAGACAAACAAUUUUUUCAUUGGUCUUGUGUCUUAGUUGAUCUUAAUAUUGACAAUGUUUUUUAUGUUAUAUAAUUAUGUUGUUAUUUUUUAUUCGUUCUAUGAGCCAUCAAUGUCAGAACUGAUAAUAAAUAAUCAGAAUAUAUGGGAUGCGCCUUUGUAUGGUUUUGCUUUGAGGAUUGGAGUGAUUGAUUAAAAUGCUGAGGCUAAGAUGUUUAUACUUUACUUCUAAGCUUAACAAUGUACUUGCGUCAUUUAAAUUCUUGUUUUAACUCUAAAAUAUUACUUACCGGAAAAUACCCAAAUAACACCACAACCAGUGCAGACCCUUUGCUGGAUACAAGAACACUUAUUGUCAUUACUAUACUACUAGCCAUUUGGAUUGUCACAAACUUGUGCUAAAAUGAAUGCAAGCAUAGACUCUCAAUUACAAAGUAAUAAUGUGUGGAUUAUGUGGGAAUUUGCAUAAUAUAUACUUUUAAGAGUAUCAGAAUAUAAUAUUUAGUUACUAUGAAUAUGUUCCAAAAUGUUAUAGGAUUUUUUCUUUUUUUUUUCAUAAAUUCACUGAAUAAUUAUGAUCAUUCUGAGACAAAUAUAUGUAUCUUAUUUGUAGCAAUAUGUUCAGGAUUCAUGUGGAUGUUCAUAUUAUAUGUUGUGGUGAAAUUAAACAUGAAUGAUAAUA